AUGUCUCUGCUGAGAGUCAGAGAAUAUUCGAUUCUUUGCAAAUCGGUUCGCCUCCUCUCCGGCGGGACUUCGCCUCUUGCAUUUUCUUCUGGCUCUGGGCGGCCUGGUCAGAUCGUCAUUUUGGGGUGGGCCUCGACAUCCCUUUCCGUCUUCAAGUGGAUUUCUUCCGUCGCGGUUGCCAUGGCGGGUGGAAGUUGGAGGGAGUUAUCUUGCCGGCGUAGAGUUGGGCUGGGGUCGGUGCUGUUUUCGGGCACCGGUGUGAAGCAGACGCUGCCGGCUCUCCCCGAAGUCGUUGUUCCUGGUGCUGGAAUAGAGGUCUGUGUGUUGAAUUAG